UCUUGGGGGCGGCUGCUGCGGGACGGCGGUGGGGACGUCGCGCUUCUUUGCCGUUCUCCUUCCCGCCGUUUCCGCCGCGGAGGCCGCGGCUCGCUCGGCGGGGCGCCCGCCCGCCCGGACAGAGUUGCCCAGGAGUUUGUGCGGACUUGGCGCCGCGGCGCCCGCCCCGCCGCCGCCAUGCCCGUCUUCCACACGCGCACCAUCGAGAGCAUCCUGGAGCCCGUGGCCCAGCAGAUCUCGCACCUGGUCAUCAUGCACGAGGAGGGCGAGGUGGACGGCAAGGCCAUCCCGGACCUCACCGCGCCCGUGUCGGCCGUGCAGGCCGCUGUCAGCAACCUGGUGCGGGUUGGAAAAGAGACUGUGCAGACAACAGAAGACCAGAUCUUGAAAAGGGAUAUGCCACCCGCGUUUAUCAAGGUGGAGAACGCCUGCACCAAGCUUGUUCGGGCGGCCCAGAUGCUCCAGGCGGAUCCUUAUUCCGUCCCAGCUCGUGACUAUCUCAUUGAUGGAUCGAGGGGCAUCCUCUCGGGAACGUCAGACUUGCUUCUGACAUUCGACGAGGCUGAGGUCCGUAAAAUCAUCCGUGUCUGCAAAGGAAUUUUGGAAUAUCUGACUGUGGCGGAAGUAGUAGAAACUAUGGAGGAUUUGGUGACAUACACAAAGAAUCUAGGGCCAGGAAUGACAAAGAUGGCCAAAAUGAUUGACGAGAGACAGCAGGAAUUAACGCACCAGGAACAUAGGGUUAUGCUGGUGAAUUCCAUGAAUACUGUGAAGGAGCUAUUGCCAGUACUUAUUUCAGCUAUGAAGAUAUUUGUAACCACAAAAAAUUCUAAAAGCCAUGGAAUAGAAGAGGCCUUGAAAAAUCGCAAUUUCACAGUAGAGAAAAUGAGUGCUGAGAUAAAUGAAAUAAUCCGAGUCUUACAACUCACUUCCUGGGAUGAAGAUGCCUGGGCCAGUAAGGACACUGAAGCCAUGAAAAGAGCCUUGGCCUUAAUAGAUUCAAAGAUGAACCAGGCAAAAGGGUGGCUGAGAGAUCCAAAUGCACCUCCAGGGGAUGCUGGUGAGCAAGCAAUAAGGCAGAUCCUUGAUGAAGCUGGAAAAGCUGGAGAACUGUGUGCAGGCAAGGAACGCAGAGAGAUCCUGGGCACGUGCAGAACCCUGGGCCAAAUGACUGAUCAACUGGCUGAUCUCCGAGCUAGAGGCCAGGGUGCCACACCGAUGGCUAUGCAGAAGGCGCAGCAGGUCUCGCAAGGGCUCGACUUGCUCACUGCCAAGGUGGAGAAUGCAGCCCGCAAGUUGGAAGCCAUGACAAACUCCAAGCAGGCAAUUGCCAAGAAGAUUGAUGCUGCUCAGAAUUGGCUGGCAGAUCCUAAUGGGGGCAGCGAAGGAGAAGAGCACAUUCGGGGGAUUAUGGCUGAAGCAAGGAAAGUCGCAGAACUAUGUGAAGAGCCCAAGGAAAGAGAUGAUAUCCUGCGAUCCUUGGGAGAAAUCUCUGCUUUGACAGCCAAGCUAUCAGAUCUACGAAGACAUGGAAAAGGUGACUCCCCAGAGGCUCGUGCAUUAGCUAAACAAAUAGCAACAUCCCUUCAGAACUUACAGUCCAAAACAAACAAGGCAGUAGCAAAUACAAGGCCGGUUAAGGCAGCUGUCCAUUUGGAAGGAAAGAUUGAGCAAGCUCAAAGGUGGAUAGACAAUCCUACYGUUGAUGAUCGGGGAGUAGGCCAGGCAGCAAUUCGGGGGCUGGUCGCAGAAGGUCGUCGUUUGGCCAACGUCAUGAUGGGGCCUUAUCGGCAAGACCUGCUGGCCAAGUGCGACCGCGUGGACCAGCUGGCUGCCCAGCUGGCCGACCUUGCAGCGCGAGGGGAGGGAGAGUCCCCCCAGGCCAGGGCAGUCGCUGCCCAGCUUCAGGACGCCCUGAAGGAUCUUAAAGCACGGAUGCAAGAAGCAAUGACCCAGGAGGUCUCUGAUGUUUUCAGUGACACUACAACUCCCAUUAAAUUGUUAGCAGUAGCAGCCACUGCUCCUUCCGAUGCUCCCAACAGGGAAGAGGUGUUUGAUGAAAGAGCAGCAAAUUUUGAGAACCACGCUGCCAGGCUGGGAGCUACAGCAGAAAAAGCAGCUGCGGUUGGAACGGCCAACAAAAGCACYGUGGAAGGCAUCCAGGCAACUGUGAAAUCAGCCAGGGAACUUACCCCGCAGGUAGUAUCAGCUGCCCGUAUUCUCCUGAGAAAUCCUGGRAAUCAAGCUGCUUAUGAGCAUUUUGAGACUAUGAAAAACCAAUGGAUUGAUAAUGUAGAAAAGAUGACAGGAUUGGUGGAUGAAGCCAUUGAUACCAAGUCUCUGUUGGAUGCAUCCGAAGAGGCUAUUAAGAAAGAUCUUGAUAAAUGUAAAGUUGCCAUGGCCAAUAUUCAGCCUCAGAUGCUGGUAGCUGGUGCCACCAGCAUUGCCAGGCGAGCAAACCGCAUCCUCCUGGUUGCAAAACGGGAAGUUGAAAAUUCCGAGGACCCUAAAUUCCGGGAGGCUGUUAAAGCAGCCUCUGAUGAGCUGAGCAAAACUAUAUCACCGAUGGUAAUGGAUGCAAAAGCUGUGGCAGGAAACAUUUCUGAUCCUGGUUUGCAGAAGAGUUUCUUAGAUUCUGGAUACAGAAUCCUGGGAGCUGUAGCCAAAGUCAGAGAAGCCUUCCAGCCUCAGGAACCAGAUUUUCCACCUCCUCCUCCAGACCUUGAGCAGCUUCAUCUGACGGAUGAGCUCGCCCCUCCAAAACCACCACUGCCCGAAGGGGAGGUUCCCCCACCCAGGCCGCCGCCGCCUGAGGAGAAGGAUGAAGAGUUCCCUGAGCAGAAGGCAGGAGAGGCCAUCAACCAGCCCAUGAUGAUGGCUGCUAGGCAGCUGCACGAUGAGGCUCGCAAAUGGUCUAGCAAGCCUGAUGUGACUGUGAUUAAUGAAGCCGCAGAGGCUGGUGUAGAUGUAGAUGAGGAGGAUGAUGCAGAUGUUGAAUUCACUCUCCCCUCUGACACUGAAGAUGAUUACGAGCCUGAGCUGCUGUUAAUGCCAACCAAUCAGCCUGUUAACCAGCCCAUUCUGGCCGCUGCUCAGUCUCUGCAUCGGGAAGCAACCAAGUGGUCUAGUAAGGGGAACGACAUCAUCGCGGCGGCCAAGCGGAUGGCGCUGCUCAUGGCCGAGAUGUCCCGCCUGGUGAGGGGCGGCAGCGGCAACAAGCGCGCCCUCAUUCAGUGCGCCAAGGACAUCGCCAAGGCGUCCGACGAAGUCACGCGCCUGGCCAAGGAGGUGGCCAAGCAGUGCACCGACAAGCGCAUUCGAACAAACCUCUUGCAGGUCUGCGAGCGAAUCCCAACCAUCAGCACACAACUCAAAAUCCUCUCCACYGUCAAAGCCACCAUGCUGGGCAGAACUAAUAUCAGUGAUGAAGAAUCAGAACAGGCAACUGAGAUGUUGGUUCAUAAUGCCCAGAACCUCAUGCAGUCUGUAAAGGAAACUGUGAGAGAAGCAGAAGCAGCAUCCAUUAAGAUUAGAACAGACGCCGGAUUCACCCUGCGCUGGGUCAGAAAGACUCCCUGGUAUCAGUAGGCACUUGCCACAUAAGUAUUGUGUUCUGUGACAUAAAAUGCCUUUUUUUUUUUUUGACACAGGAGAAAAACAUGAACAGCAAAAGGUGCUGUAGAAGAGCUUAAAAUUAGCUUUUGCUAAUGCCCCAUUCUAAGGGUAUGAAUUAUAUGAAUAUGCAUUUUAGAUCUUCAGAAAGCAUUUGAUAUCACACAAGUCAAAAUUGCUUUCAACAGUACAAUUUUUUUUAUUGUUUGUUUGCUUUUGAAGGUUCUCUUCAUGAAUUUUGUAAUCCCAGAAGCACAUUUCAUUUAUGCACUGUAUAUUCCAGUAGUUUCCAUGUGAUGAUAUAAUACAUGGACUUCACUUUGAGCUUGUACUGAAAGUCUAGGACACUAAAGGACACGAACAGUGUCACCUGGCAGUGAAACAGGGACAAUCAUGGAUAUAUCAGCAUUCAACUUGUCAAUAGAACUGUAUUAGCUGUUCUUAAGCCAUGCUGAGGUUUGCUGAGAAUGUUGGGAGGUAUUUUAAAAAAAAUGGAAGGCAGAAAAAAGUCCUAUUUUGCUGAAAUGAUAUUUUUCUCUUGCUGUUAGUUUUGCCUGGCAACAAUAAGUUAAGUCGUCAAAAACUGGAGCUGUCCUUGUCACCUUGUUGUCAUGCUCUAGGUGGGCAUUCCAGAGCUCUUGCUCUGUCCUGAAAAGCUUUGCAGUGGAUGUUGGWGUCACACUGUGGGCAGCUUGAGCCUUAUGGUUGAAGGCCUUAAACUGCAGAACUUUCCUUCUUUCUCACUUCAGUGAUGUGAGCUGAAAAUCGUGGUUCUCUUAAGAUAGCUGUAUGUACUCAAACCAAACAUAAUCAUGUCCAGGACCAGAAAGUGUCAUGCCCUGGCUCAUUUCUUUUUUUAAAAAAGUAAAUGAGCACAUACACAGGGCGUUGUUCUACUUUUUUCUCCUUUUUCCUUCAGCCUACCGUUAUUCUAAUCACUCAUGGUAGAAACUAAAAGAUGAAUGAGUGUUCAAUUCGGGAUGACUUUUUGCCCCUCUCCCCUUCUUUCCAGCAAUGAAACAGCAGUUGCAUAAGCUUUUCUGAAUCCAAGUACUGCAGGGACACAAAAUCCUAUGUUUAGGUAGUCAGAUGGCUGCUCAGUCAGUGGUUCCCAAUAUUAACCCUUUUCAGAUAUUUUUACUGUUUUUUAAACUUGGGAGGCCUGAAGUUCAAAAACCUUUCCAGGUCCUAGUAAUAGUAAAAUGAACAAAGUGUUAGUAUGUCUUUUUUUAAAAAAAAAAAUCUAUUAUUAAUAAAUAGACUUGGGAUAUUUUUAUGCUUCCAUAAUUUAACAUGCUUUUCUAUAUGUCCAUGUUAAUUGCUCAGUAGUCCCCCUUGGCAUUUGACAGAGAAGGGGAAUUACUGUUCUCAAAUGGUUGUCUCUGUUGCAAGGAAACUCCUUCAGUGCCCAGAGUAGCACUGGCCUCCUGGGGACCCCUUGAUUUCCCUCGCUGGGAAGUGUUGCCUGGUUCAAGGGCCCUUGUGGAAAAGCUGCUCGGCCAACCAGGGGAGGAGACUGGAGGUCUGGGUCUGUCUGUAGCAGCUCCUCUACACUUGGAUCUUCUCGUUUUCUCCUUUCCACUGCACUGUUGUCUAAAAAGGGAAGUUAACCUGGUUUAUGGAAACAGCUGCCCCGGGCUGAGCGUGGCUGGGGGUUCGUCCUGGGCUCGCAUCCCACGUCUGGGCACGAGGAAACAUGUGGUACUUGGGAUCUUUCCUUAGGAUUCUCUUCUGGCAACUACCUGUAAUGGGAAGAGUGAGGAAGAGAUGCCAGAGCCUUAACCUGAAUGUCUUGCAUUUCAUUGGUUUAUACCAGGUCUUUAACAUAACUGUAAUGUAGUAAUUUCUAUUUAAUAGUAAAUAACACUGAAUAGCUAGGGKUUAUUUUUAAGCAGUCUUCUGAAUAGCCAUCCUGUAUUUCUUUGCAAUGUUCCUUCUUCCCCCAUUCUUUUUCCACACCCCGUCCCUUCCUGCCCCACUUGGGGCUUUCCCAUGAGGUUGUUUUUUUUAGCAUCACUGUUUAGUUGCUUAACUGAUAUUAAUGCAAUAKUACUAAUGCCUUGAAUACAUAAUUGUUUAUGCCAAAGAUCACGUUUUGUUUAUUGAGGAAUGCUUGUGGGAAUGUUAUGAAUCAUGGUUGCCUUUAAUACUCUUSCAGAAUGCUUGCUCUGAGUUCUUGAACCGGUCUGUAGAAGCAGAGAUGCUUGUCCACC